AGAAUAUUAAUUUAGUUGGCAAAACAAGAGCAUAAAGAAGGCAGAAGAGAAAACGGGAAGGGAUAAAGCUACGCAAUGGCCUCAAACAUUCUUCCUCUAACCAACACUCACCUUGUUCCAUUUCCCGUUCAGCACCGCUCUCUAACUGUCGUCAAGUGGGGAUGGAAAAGAGAGCAAGAUGUAAGCAUAGUUUCCAAUACACCUCGGAGUCAAUCAUUUCGAGUCCUUGCUACUGCUAGUAAUACCAAAGUGGUAUCUUCAGGAAAGGCAGGUUCAAAAAAUGACGUGAUCAUGGUUGAUCCUGUGGAAGCCAAGCAAUUGGCUGCCAAACAAAUGGAAAGAAUUAAAGCAAAAGAAAAACUCAAGAGAAGGCGUCAAAUUGAGGCCAUUAAUGGAGCUUGGGCAAUGAUUGGUCUCACAGCAGGCCUAGUUAUAGAAGGUCAAACUGGAAAAAAUAUUAUGACUCAGCUGCAAGACUACUUCGAUGCAAUCAUUCAUUUUUUUGUGCGGUAGACAGACCAAGAGGUGCAUAUGGAUACAUGUUAAGAAAUGCAGAUUCUUCCUCACAUUCUUUGUGAAUAUAUCUUCUCAAAGUUUACAAUAAGCUUUUUACAUCACAUACCAAGCUAUGCAAUUUUCCCUAUUCAAAUUUCCUUGUUACUGUUAAUCCUACGUAUGUAACAUGAUUUUACUAAAUAACUGAGCUGCUAGCCAAUUGAUGUAGCUUGAUAUGGAUGUUUUACCUACUCAAUUGUUUUUCCCUGCUGCUAGCAUUUCUUGUUGAA